UAUGUAACCCGGUAUAGCUUAGCUAUCCAAGGGACGAGCGCACACUUAUAUAUAUACACUCCACACUUUAUACUUUAUGGUGGAACAUCUGGACGGAGAUUUUUUACCAGCUAACAUCAGCAUUAGAGAGGGAUGUGUCAUUGUUCCCUGUUCUAGUCUGCCUUAUCACUAGUGAUUGGGCGAGAUUUUGGAGUAUUUUACAUCUGUCAACUGUCAUCUGCUUGACAAUGACCGCUACAUAGGCUUGGCUAUAGUUUAAACUAAUUCAGAAGGUGUGAAAAAAGCAAAAACCGAAAGGAAACACAUAUUAAUUUAAUAUAAACGUAGAGAGACCAGUGGAUUUUAUUGUGUGGAGUACAAUAUUUAAUAUAAUUAUCAUGUCGACUUUGAAAAAAUGUGUUUCAAUUUGCAUGUUAGCUUCUUUAUUGUGUGUGCUUUUCGUGGAUGGAUAUAACACAUAUCCCCGGAGAUCUGGCCGUGCCAGUAUCUGGGGGACAUGUCCCACCCAAUGCCGCUGCAUGGCACUCAACAGUCGAGGUACAAGGGGAGUCAUAGAAGACUGGAGUUCUGCACGUCUCGAUGGACGCACCAGCGGGGACGAGCCCAACCCAUUGGGCCGAAGCAUGGUGUGCCAGGGUUUAAGAAGACUCCCUAAACCGAUCCCCCACGAUGUUACAAAAAUGACUAUAUACGGUGACAGUAGCAGUCAAGUUGCACGUCCAUCUGUUCCUGCUGGCGACGGUGUCCAAAACGACCGUGUCCCGCUCAUCUCCGACACACAGAUCCGGUACAUAACUCGUGACUCCUUCCGAGGAAAUGCACGCAUGCAGGAUAUGACUCUAAGUGGAAAUAACAUUGGGAUUCUGUACCCCAACAUAUUUUCGUCGCUGAGGACACUGCGCGUGCUGUCUCUACCCAAUAACAACAUCCGCCAUCUUUCCGCGGCGGCCUUUAGUGGGAUGACCUACCUUUCCGAACUGAGUAUGUCUGAUAACAUGAUCAGAUACUUACCACAAGCUAUUUUCCGUCCCCUGGGUAACCUUAGGAAACUCCGUUUGAACGGCAAUAAACUUCGUCGUCUACCACGUGACAUACUGAGUCCCCUGACGAAUGUCGCCGUUUUGGAUUUAUCAAGGAACAAUUUUACUGAUUUUUAUGAUGAAGUGUUUGAUGACAACACAGCCAUGGAAGAACUUCUGCUGAACGGAAACAGAAUCUGGACAGUUCGAGCGCGAUGGUUCGAAAAACUGAUCUUGUUAAGAAGUCUUUCAUUGCGUGGAAACGCCAUCACGCGCAUCGAGUCCAACUCUUUUGUUAACCUUUUUAACCUCGAAGAACUUUUAUUAUCUGCAAAUCACAUCGCUGAAAUUGAAGAUGGCGCUUUCAGAAACUUGAGAGAUCUUAGAAUUCUCGAUCUGGCCACCAACGAUAUCGAACAUAUCACAAAAGAAGGACUGCUUGACCUUGAAUCUCUCGAGGAGUUGUAUUUAUCAUCAAACAAUAUAGUCGACAUCGAAAACGGCACUUUUACGUUCUUACGGAGAUUGACAAGGCUUGAUCUGUCACGAAAUCAUAUCACGGAGAUAAGCACUGGUGUUCUCCGAUCUCUCAUGCUUCUUCAAUAUCUCGAUAUGUCUCAUAAUAAAAUAAUGGCACUUCCUCCGAGAGUUUUGUUCGGACUGUCAGAACUCAAGGAAAUAUCGUUUGAUAGCAAUUUUAUUAAAACUGUUGGUGAGGACGCCUUCAAGACUACACCUUCUACUUCCGUGUCAAAGAUCACAGCGGUCAGUCUACAAAACAACGCCAUUAAGGAAAUCUCGGCAGCAGCAUUGAGUUCGCUUCCGCAAUUGAGAACUUUGAAUUUAGGUCACAACAAAAUCAAGCGUAUACAUAGCAUGGCUCUGUCAAACUUCUGGAACCUUCAGGCGUUAGACCUGAGUGAUAACAAAAUUAAAAAUCUCAACAAUGGGGUUUUCAAAAACUUGCAGAAAGUAACUAAUUUGGAUUUGUCUCAGAACAAAUUAAGACGUGUGUCUGACACUAUGCUAUCCGGAAUGAGCGAACUGGAGGAGCUUGAUCUGUCCUUAAACAGUAUCACGUCAAUAUCUCCUCUCGCCUUUCGCUAUAUGCAAAACUUAGUCGAGCUCACUUUAAAAAGCAACCGUUUGAUGGGUUUCAAUUUUACCUACAUAACCAACCUACCGAAGUUGUCGAUCGUUGAUCUUAGUAGCAACCAUCUUUUCUGGGUGGAUUUGUCGGGGAAUAUUCAACUGCGGCUCCGGGACCUUAUCCUGACCGACAACAAGAUUAACACAGUCACACAAGAUGUCACCAAGAUCUUAGCAGCGUCGUCCAUCUUAAGUCUGACCGGAAAUCCGCUUGUUUGUGACUGUAAUAUGAAGUGGAUUUUGGAUCCGGUGCUUACCAGGAAGAUCAGACUUGACAUGGAAAGUGACCUUAUCUGCAAACUGCCAAACCGCCUCCACGGACUCAGGAUUCGAGAUCUUGAUCCCAACGACUUAACGUGUGAAGUCACCGAUACCCAUGGUGAUCAAGGAUCGUUCAUGUGUGACGACAGUCACUUCCGGAUGAGAUCCCUCUUUAACAACAGGUUGGGAGAGAAAAAAAUCCUGAAACGUCACGUGACCAUAAUGGAUAGUUUACGCAAGGACGUACUGGGGAACGGAAUUCUCGUAAACGACAACUGGGCUCUGGUAUCUGGUGACGUUGUAGGCGAGGACGAUCUUGUUUCCACCAUGACUGGUGUUAAGAUCCGAGUAGGACGAAGCAAGUCAAUGCGUACCGUAGCAAGCGCAAUACGUCAUCCUCUGACGUCAUGGAGACAAUACAACGUGGCCCUAUUACGGUUAGACAAUACACGGAAUAAGAAAUCCAACAUAGAAUCUCCUUGUCUGAUGACAGAAAAACAAUUUAACAUGAUUUCUCAAAUCUAUCCUAAAAUCACGUUGUCGACGAGAAUUGGUGCUGGCAGAAGCAAACUAAAGCCCCGUCACGGCAAAAUGCAAUCAAUCUGUAAAUAUCCGAGUUAUUUGUGUGUGAAAAUCAAGGGAUCAAAGAAACGAGCCAGUGAGUACAUGUUGUUGUCAGGAUCACCGUUAUUCUUGGGGUAUUCUGGCGAUUUGAAUCUCGCAGGGAUUGGAUUUGGAGACUGGAACUAUGUUUCAAAAACCUCCGAAUCUCUCUUCAUUCCGGUAUGGACUAUUUCUGAAUGGAUUAGUGAUGUCAUACGCGAGUUUGAUUCCACUUGUUCAAAGGAAAUGAGUAUCGGAAGACCCAACCAGUGUCUGAGGUCAUUGCAGCUUCCAACCUCUGCUGCGCUAUUGGCAAAAAUACGUCAGCCAGAAAGUCAUUAGCACAGGACUAUAUAAAUGCCAUCAUUUACAUUCGUCUACUCAGAAACAUUUCACGUCCAUCUUCUCACUUCCAGAUUUAAUUGAAACGAUCUUGUAUCGUUUACACAAAGCAGGUGCUUUAUAGCUACAAGUGUUUGGAUUGGAAACGCUGCCCUUUAAAACAGAUAAAUAUCCAGGCUUGUUUUAACCUUUACGUAUAGCUGGUUUUUUUUACUUUAAACAGCGGGUAUAAAGAACUCUCAUUCAGAUACUAUUUAUAAAUUGCUAUGUUUAAAAGCUUAUCUUAUUUUGGAGUAAUUGUCGAAAUUAUCAUUUAUGCACAUUAUGCUGUAAAACCUUUAUUUAAUUUCCGAAAUAUUGUAUUCCGAUCGGUGCAUUUGAAAGAUGAAGAAACUAGAGGACAUAUAAGUUAAAUUUGCAUCGAUCUAAUGGUGUUGCAGUUGGACGCUACUAAACGAAGGACGGAUUAUGCGAAAACUUUCAACAAACUGCUUUUACAAUGUCACAUCAUUUCGUUUCAUGUUUUGUAUGAACCUGAUAACGUGCUUUUACUUUAUACAGAAUACAUGUAAAUGGUAGAUCUGUUGUCAGUAAAUAUACUUUCAUUUGUCAUCGAGUUCUUAAAACAUCAUGUUUUUUUUUCAGUUGGAGGAUAUGUCUCGCUAUCAAGUGCUAUAAUUGGCGGAAAACUUAGAACAGUGUGUUAGUUUGUUUAUCUCGGUAACCAAAUGUUUCCCCUCCUUACAUAGUAUCCAAAUUUAUUGUAUAUUCAUCCAGGCUCUAUAAAAUCUCAGUAAGAUUGUGAAUAACUUUAGCUGUUCUGAAGCAGGGUACAAUAUUCGCUAUCAAAGAAUUCGUUUUCUUAUUUCCUGAAGUUAACACAUUGAAUUGUCUGCAUUUACCAACACGUUAAGAUAAUUUUCCUUCAGUUGUUUGUUUUAGAUAAAUAUAACAAAUUUGAUUCCUUCAGCAAUUAAAUAUGUAUAUUGAUAUUUAUAUAUUGAUAUUCAAUCUGUCUAUAUAUUUUUGAUGUUUUUUUUUCAAUUGUCAAUUUCUUGUAAAGAAUGAAAAGAACGUGUUGUAAUUUAUCUAUAAAACGAGAAGUGAAGUUCAACACUAUUAAAGAAUUCAUUAUCAGACAUACAAGAGGAUUUUUUCUCUCUCACGAUUCCUCUUACUUUGGUAGUAGAUAUUUAGAACAAUACUUGAAACAACUAAUUGUUACAUUGUUAACUGGUGUUGUGUUUAUUUUUCAUUAAGUCGGAAAUAUUCGCGCGGUUAUUAAGUAUCGAUGUUGUCACCUCCAUAAUACAGUGUAAUUUAUAUUAAAUUUUUUGUAUGUCGCUGUGUUGUUUCUGAGGCCAGCACAUUUUAUAGAUCAAAUUUCUAAUUUUCUUUUGCAAAUUUUCUUUCUCUUUAUAUGCUUUUUGAUAUUUCUGUAGUUUAUUUUAAAUGUGAGCAAAUCGUAUGUGUUCUAAACUGUUUUUAUUAUCGUGCUCGAUUCUUUAUAUCUAUAUACAAGGAUAUAGUUCGUCAAUGAAGUGUUUUUUAUCACGAUGUAAUUAUUUCUAAAAUUUCAUUAUACGUUCAAACAAAUCCCCUUUAUAUCAUAAGUAAUAUUUACCCCCCUGAAAGAAUUACCAUAUAUGUGAAAAUAUCUGUUUUGUGAAAAACGGUUCUACUUGUGAUAAAGAAUUGUGCCGUGUUGAACUAUUUCGGGUGAACCGGAAUCUGAACUUGUGUGAAUUUACAGGAAUAUUAUGCCUUUGUGAUAGCGUCACGUGACUGCUGUUAAUCACGAGCAUUUAGGCUACUAUGUAUAUUUGUAUUCUGGCCAGUGUACAUUGCUUAGUACAGAAAUAUAGAAUGUAUAUAUGAUUACUUUCAAUCAAAAUGCUUGUUGAUUUACGUGUUGCUUUCAUUACUUGUUACUCUGUUAAUUUAUGAUUUCAUGUUAAAUCGUUGUAAAUAUUUCAUCAUGGAUACAAUAUCGUGUUAUGCACGUGCUGCCGUAUUCCUAUUUUAUCUUUUCGCGUUCAAAAAGCAAUAGGUUUCUUACUCUGUUGAACUAAACAUGAUUGUUGUAAAUUAUUUUGACUUUUUAGUAAAAAAACAUCAUACAUGA